AUGACAUUUAGCUGGGCUGCGAUGGAGUUGUUUGGUGGGCUCGAGGUCUUCUUACUGGACUUGAGUGAGCCUGGACUUCAAUUCUGUAGCAAGGUAAUGGGCUCUUUCGGGCUGGAUUCCAGGCGAUUGCAUGUUCUUCGCCUACCGUCGCCGUCGAAUCCAGAAAGAGCCAUCAUCGUCGCCGCCGCCGUUUCUUCUUCCUCCGCUGAAGUAUACUUCUUAUGGACCCGGUGUCAUUUCCUAGGAGGCUGUACACAGAAGGAGAAGAACCGGAAUAUGACCGCAGCGUUGGCUACUACAGCAAGAACACUGAGCUGUGGCAGAAACUGCACGUUAUACUGGCUGAGGAGUGGAGUGAGCUUGAGAAUUCCAAUCUCGGACCCCUCUUCAGGUUCACGAAGCUCGACUUUAAAUGGGCAUCAGUUGUGGCACGAUCCACUGCGUUUUUCAUUGAACGAGUUUGAACGCAUCACCGGGCUCAACUGCGAGUAUAGAGCUGCUUUGACGAAGCCAGAAGCUAUUGAGACAGACGAGAUGAAAGAGUACUGGCGGAAGCUUGGAGUGAAUAUCAAGGUUGGUCCGAGCAUUGACAAUCUCGUAGCAGCUUGCAAGUGGGCCGGAGAUUGGAGCAGAGAGGAUAGGUUGAGGCUUGGCUACCUGGCCGUAUACGCUGGCUUUAUUGAUGCCCAGAAAUCUUCCACUCCUACAAGUUUAGCACUGGCUAGCCAAGUGAUGGACUUGGAGAGGUUUGAAAGCUAUCCUUGGGGGCGAGUAGCUUUCAACACCCUCAUCAAGUCUGUUAAGGAAGCAGACUUGUCGAAGCCAUUUGUUCUCGCCGGUUUCGCUGAAGUCCUGCAAGUUUGGGCGUAUCAUGCUAUGCCGAAAUUCGGAGAAGAGAGUGGUGAUCCCAUGCCUAAUAAUCCUGAGCCACCGCUGUUAGCUUUCAAGGGAAUCAAAGGGAAGAGAUAUGUGAUCGGAACCAUGAAGAAGCAGGUGCUGUUCAAUCACAUGGUAAUGGUGGACAGGGAAGACGUGUACCCACGUUGGGAUAAGGAUGUAGAUGACCAGAAGGUGGACAACAUCAUCAAGGCUUUGCUUGGGGAACUUGGUGGAAAAUGGAACUGGAAACCAGCUGACUGGGUAAACGAAGGGAUAAUCGCUGUGAAGUCCGAGAAGGCAGUGAAGUCAGAGAAGUCUCAUGUCAAGAGGAGUAUCUCUGAUGAGGAUGAUGAAGCAAUCAGUGUAAAAAGGGCUCGGACCUUUGGUUAUUCAGCUGCGCAGGCCUCUGGUGAUGGCUGGAACCGUCUCGAGUCGAAGUUGGAGGAGCUGUUUAAAGACUUCUCCGAUAAGCAGUCUGAACAGAUGAAGCUUGGGUUAGAGAAUGUCGAGAAGAAGAUUCAACUCCUUACUACUCAAGUGGCUAUCCUGGGGAGGAUUGUCAAGAAGGGUUCGCUUCAUACUUCUGCAGAGCAUGCGAACUCUUGUGUGUCAGAUUUGAAGAAAGAUCCUUCUGGUGAGUCAGAUGCGAAGAAGGAUCCUGCUGGUGGCUCAGAUGCGAAGGAUCCUCUUGGUGGGUCAGAUGCGAAGAAGGAUCCUCCUGGUGAGCCGCAAAACGGCAAAGAGGAUAAGGAUGCUUGCGAUACUGGUGAGGAAGACUCGGAAUGUAAUUUUCUCCGAACCCAUUAUCCGAGUGCCUCUGAACUUGACGCGGAAGAAGAAGAAGCAAGCAGAACAGAUCAAGCAGGAAAUCGUUUAGCACGAGGUAAGAGUCAGAGAACCCGGACUCUGUCGCAUACACAGACAGGUGCAUACGUAGGAAACAGCACCGCCAGGAGGAUAGUCCUGAACAAUCCGCCGGAGGCACCCAAACCAGCUAAGGCCAUCACUAAACCGAAGAGAAAACUCGUGGUAAAGCAGGUGCUGCAAAAGAAACAAGCUGCUGCGAAACAAGCUGCUGCGAAGGACGCAGCUGCUGCGAAACAAGCUGCUGCGAAAGAAGCAGCAGCUGUGAAACAAGCACCAGCGAAAUUAGCUGUUUUGAAAGUACCUGGUGGGUAUGAUCCAUUUUCUGUUGCCGCCGAGGAAAGCAAGAAAGAAAUGGCUGAUUACUGUGCCACCUUACCCAUCAAGCAGACACAUUGGGUCGCCCUGCAUGUCUCCAUCCCGAAACGGCACAUUGUCGUCUACGACAGUUUACCGGGCUCGAUCGAAGAUAAGAUAAUGGAGUCGGUUGUCGAACCUUAUGCUGCGAUGAUGCCGAACCUGAUGAAACAAGCUGCUAAGGCAGAUGAUAAACCCUACUUCCCUUUAGAUAAGUACACUGUAGAGUUUCCGACAAAGGGUGUGCCACACCAAAACAAUGGUGGAGAUUGUGGUCUGUUUGUCCUGAAGUACAUGGAGUGCCUAGCACUUGGAUAUACCACAUUUCCAGAGACAUUCUGCCAGGCCAACGCCACAAGAGCACGGGAGAAGAUUGCGUCUGAUUUGUUCCAUGAAAUCGACUGCCGCGGACCGAUAGAGGACCCAAGAGACUGGGAAGGACUUGAUUUGUUAGAUUGA